GCAGCUGGGCCGUGGCCCCAGGGCUCGCAGCGGGGAGCGACAGGUUUACCUGGCCCCUCUCUCAGGCAGAGAACCCUGCUCAGUCUUGGCGGCUGCCUCCAAACGGCUCUGCCCCGCAGGGUGUGGCCUAGGAGGAGGGCCGGCGUGCCAGUGGUAAGGCCCUGCCCUGGGCCCCGCCAUCCGCCAGGACGUGUCUUUAAAGCAAAUGAGGACAGAGCUAAUAGCGCCUCUAAAGUCUCUGUGCCGUCAGCCCGGGGGUGGGAGGUCCCGGCUCUGCAGAGCUCUGCCCCCGGCCGCCCGCCCUCCAGACCCAGCCGAGGACCCCGUGGACAGUGGCACAGUCCCAGAGUAGCCCGGGGAGGGGGAGCAGUGGGGUGUAGCCCUGGCUGAGGGUCCCCUGUGCAGGCGGGCUCAGGGGUGGUUUGCCUGAGACGGUGUCUCUCCCUGUCCCAGAUGAAGGUCACCAUGUCCAAAGGAGGCGAGCGGGACAGUGACGACGACAGCAUCCUGGAAGCCGCCAGCUCCCGGCGAAGCAGCUCUCGGGACCAGCUCAGUGACAGCUCGGCGCAGGCGGUCUCGGGCAGAGGCUACUCCUGCGACAGCGAGAGCGGCCCGGACGACGAGGCAUCAGUGGGCUCCGACAAGCUCUUUGCCCCUGCGGCUGAUAAAGGCCCCGCGCGGCGCGAGAAGCCGGAGGCCAAGGCCGGGGCGGUGCCCAAGGUGUCGGGCCUGGAGCGCAGCCGCGAGCUCAGCACCGGGUGCUUCCCGCCCGCCAGCCCCGCGCCCCUCGCUGCGCCCUGCACUGGGCCCCCGCCGGCCCGUGCCAGCCCCCUGGUGAAGAAGGAGGCCCCCGCCCCGCCCCGCCACACUCCGCAGCCGCCGCCCGCGCCCCCCCAUCCCCGCGGCGCGUUCCCGACACACGUGCCUGCGUCCCUGGGCGCCUUCGCGGGCCUCGGCCCCGGCCCAGCGGCGCCCCACAGCCUGCACGGCCUCAGCAGGAGCAGCAGCGCGGGCAGCGGUGCCGCCCUCGGCCUGGCAAAGCACGUGUCGCUGUCGCCGCACGGGCCGGGCCCCCACCUGUCUACCUCACACCUGGCGCUCCGGUCCCAGGCGCAGCACCAGCACCACGCAGCAGCCAUGUUCGCUGCCCCCGCGACACUGCCCCCGCCCCCGGCGCUGCCCGCCGGCAGCCUGGGCAUCCCAGGACACCCUGCUGAUCGCGAGCUGCUCAGGCAAGAGCUGAACACGCGGUUUCUGGUGCAGAGCGCCGAGCGGCCUGGCGCCUCCCUGGGCCCGGGGGCUCUGCUGCGGGCGGAGUUCCAUCAGCACCAGCACACACACCAACACACACACCAGCACACACACCAGCACCAACACACAUUCGCCCCCUUCCCCGCGGGGCUGCCCCCGACGCCGCUCACGCCGCCCGCCGCACCCCCGCCGUUUGACAAGUACACUCCCAAGCUGGACAGCUCCUACUUCCGACAUUCCAACGUGAGUUUCUUCCCGCCCUUCCCUCCCGCCAUCCCGGGACUGCCUGCCCUGCUUCCGCACCCCGGCCCCUUUGGGUCCCUGCAGGGUGCUUUUCAGCCCAAGGUCUCUGACCCGUACCGGGCGGUGGUCAGGGUGAGUGCACGUCCUUGGGGAGGGGGACUGGUGGCCCCGGGGCGCAGCCUGGGAGGGGCAGGGGGGUGGGAGGAGAGCCCUGCCCCCCAGCCGCUGCUGAGCCGCAUCUCGGUCCCCUCGCAGAAACCAGGGAAGUGGUGCGCCGUGCACGUGCAGAUCGCGUGGCAGAUCUACCACCAUCAGCAGAAGAUAAAGGAGGUGCCGCUGGACCCGCACAAGCUGGAGGUGGGCGCGAAGCUGGACCUGUUUGGCAGGCCGCCCGCCCCGGGCGUGUUUGCCGGGUCCCACUACCCGCAGGACCUGGCCCGGCCGCUCUUCUCCAGCCCAGGUGCCGCCCAUCCCGCCACCAACCCCUUCGGACCCUCGGCUCCCCCUGGCAGCUUCCUGCCCACCGGUCACCUGGCAGACCCUUUCAGCAGGUCGAGCAGCUUCGGGGGCCUGGGGAGCUUGGGGAGCCACGCCUUCGGGGGCCUGGGCAGCCACACUCUGACUCCUGGUGCCGGUGGCAUCUUUGCCCCCAAGGAGGGCUCCUCGGUGCACGGCCUGCCCAGCCCCCACGAGACCUGGAGCCGGCUGCACCGGGCGCCGCCCUCCUUCCCCACGCCGCCCCCGUGGCCCAAGUCCGUGGACGCAGAGCGGGUCUCAGCCCUGACCAACCACGACCGAGAGCCAGACAAGGGCCGGGAGGAGCGUGAGCGGGACCUGCUGGAGAAGACGCGCCUGCUCAGCCGCGCAUCGCCCGCCGCCCCCGUGGGCCACGCCGUCAGCAGCCUCCUGCUCCGCGGCCAGGGCGAGCUGGGCCGGCCCGGGGUCCCCGCGGAGCGCGAGGCUGAGCCCCGCGUCAAGGAGACGCCGCGCACCUGCCGCGCCUCGGGACUGCUGGCGCGGACACCGCGCCGGCCGCCGCCAGCGCACGGCGCGCCGCCCCCGCUGGUGGCCGGGCCCCCCACGCCGCGGAGCAGGACUACCCCGCUCGAGGGCCUCGGGCCCGGCGACGCGCGCGCCUACUCCCCGUCCCGCAACCCGCAGGAGGUGGAGGCGCGGUAGUCCGGCGCGGCGCCCGCGGACAGACCCACACAAAUGCACUGCUGUAAACUUUUCUAAAACGUUUCUAGAUCUUAAGCACAGCUCCGUCGAAUCCUGGGGUGACACGCUUUUCCACGCGACGUCUGCGGGGUCGGGGAAUUUAAUAAACAGCUUUUCUGGGGGUGGCCUUUUUGUUUUCUGAGCUUGAGAUUAGGCUAUUGGGAAAAAAAUUUCCAAGUUUGUACCUUUUUUCCCCCACAAGUGAGAAGCGUUUUUAAUGGAUUUGUAUUUUUCUUAAUUUUGUGCUCUUUAGACACUUAAAAGAACCAAAAAAGAAACUUUUUUGCUUCUUGAUUUUUUGUUGGGGUUCGUAAGGUCACAGCCCCGACCCCUCUCCGGAGCCCCAGGGUUCCUUUGUCUCGUUCAUGGAGAAAAAACGGUCACUUUGUCCAGCGCACUGUGAGGCCCCCCACCCAGGCCCUGCCCUGGCCCUCCCCUUGGUACUUGGAACCGAACUUACAGAUAUAUAUUAAAAUGAUAAUUAAUAAUAAUGUACAAAACUUUGUUUUUUGCCUUAUUAUGCAGAAGUGUAAGAAUUUCUUUUUUGGUUUGUUUUUUUUUAAAAAAAAAACAGCAAAGGCACCGUGUACAUAGUCUGUUGAUAUAAAUGUAUGACAUUAUGGAAUUCUUACCCCCGGUAGACUUUAUAAAAGUGGUUUCCAGAAACUCCUCUGGUUGGUUGUUUAACACGGUCACAAAACGCCCACUCGCAACUACCCUUCAACUAUGCAAGCGCCCCCAGGCGGACUCGGCCAUCCGCGGACCCCUCUCCGUGAGCAACUUCCCGGCCCUGCAGCCGCCCGCGAGGGGCUGGGCCCUCGGGAGGGAGAGCGGCGCUCCCAGGGCACUCUCCUGCAUGAGGCUCGUGGCGGGCUUCAGGACUGGCUGGCUCUGGCCGCAAGGACAACUCUGUGGACCCUCGUGCUCGUCCUGCGGUGUUCUCGGGAUCUGUCUGCCAGACAAGUAGAGUUUUAGAAGCGCAAGAGUCUAAAGUUUGAUUACAAAAAAAUAAAUAACUUUUGUACAUUUUCUCUCCCGUGUGAAGGCGGUCAGACGUUUGUCCCCCUGAGCGUGCACCUGCAGCGCGGCGGCUGCUGCUCUGGCCGGGUCUGUCCCACGAGCCAGCGUCGCCGUGGGCUGCCGGCAGGUUUCCCGACGUCCCGUCUGUCUCUUCCUGGCUUCCGAGCCUGCUCGGUUCAGCCGCCCACAGCCGUUCUGUUCCCAGCCCUUUCCCAGGGCGGCCUCUGCUUACUUUAAGUAUUCUGUUCUGGUGUCUGUCGGUGAAGGUAAAUACAGCCGUGAUUCUGGAUGAAA